CAUCGACCGCUCGCUGUGAAACAAACGAGGCUGAUGAGGGCCGGCAGACCCGGACCGCCAAGCAUUCACCUUCUGUUGUCAGUUAGUCCGUCCAUCGAGAGUCAGGGCCAAGAAAGGAUGCCGAGGCGAUAUAUACGGCAUACGGAAGUUGCGGUCCCCCUUGGACCCGCCCCGCCGACUUCUUAAUAACCAAAUAUAUCUGCUGUUAGUAAAAGAAAAAAUAUGCCCGCCGUCUACUGUCUCAUCUACGGAGACGAUGGUAGCCGUGCCUUCUCUGUCAAUGUCCCAUCCGGCGUGUCUUUUACGGUCGCCCAAUUGCGACAGCUCAUCUUCUCGCAGUUGCCGAGCAGGUUCUCUGAGCGCUUUGGGGUGGCAGACAUCGCGCUUUACCGAGUGGACGAGGACAACGCACUCUCCACCGCUGACGAGCGCCUGCGACAGCGUAGCCCUCUUCCAUCCAUCGAUGCCACGUUCCUUGUAACCGGCCUCUACGACCCGCUAGCUGAGGUCUGGGAUUUUCUAUCAGAAGAAAAAUGCAAAGGCAGAGCUCGGAUCGAUAUCCUGGUCCAACUCCCAACCGACGCCGACGAGCACGAACUCGAUGCGCAAGAAGUACGACCUACCGCGCUGCCGCCGGCUUAUGCUGUGGUCGAACGGGUCUCUCAACAUCAAAACCAACUGCCCGUUGCAGCGUCGGGGAAGUUCUCGUCCCGUGCUGCUCAUGCACCCGGAACAUCGGCCGCUAGCCACCCGAAAUUCUUCCACACGCAACCUGCAUCGCAAAGCUCCGCAACCCAAAACACAGACAGACCCGUCCCCAUGAAAGACCAGCGCCCUAACCCUACCCGCCCCGUGGCCGCUCGCCCUAUCAACGGUCCCACCGCGACUUGCCAUUCAACACCGGCCCAAGCAUCCCGCGCCGGCAGUCCCGCAGUCCCGCUCUUCUCCAUCUCCACCGCCAACGAAGCCGAAAAGCGGUUCUCAACAGACGCGGACGGCCACACCAGGACCCCCUCCUGCCUCCCGCCUGCAGGAUCCACGAAACGUCGCUAUGUUAUCCUCGUCGCCGUCCUCGCCGUGCUGGCGGUAGUGGCUGGGACGGCUGUGGGGGUCGUGGUGAGCAGAAAGGCGCCUUCGGGUUCUGAGAGUGGUGGAUUCAAGUCCAUCACCUCGAAAGUCGCCGGCCCGACACCCGUUCCUACCCCCGUGACGGUCGGGAUACAACCACCAUAUAAUGUGACGGCCAAUGCCACGAGGUCCGCGCGCUAGCCCAUGACCCCCGUCCGGGCACUGUAGGCUUAGUGUCGGGGGUGAUAACUGGGUGAACCGUGGGAGUUGGCGUCGGGCGCGGUUGCGGGGGAUGUGGCGAGGAGGGGAAGUAGAGAAGUUGG